AUGGCCGACGUCAAAGUCUACACCGUCAACGGCGACACCACCGGCUCCGCGUCCUCCAUCCCUGACUGGCUCACCCAAAAGACAUCCCGCCCCUCCACAUCCUCAUCAUCAAAACCCAAAAGAGGAAAGAAAUCGCGGCGCGUGGACCGCGAGGCCGUCGAGGGCAAGCUCGAGCUCAUCCAGGGGUUCGAGUUCCCCGCGGCGGCCGUGCGCCUGAAGACGACGCGGGCGGGGCACCAUGUUGUCGCGACGGGGGCGUAUAAGCCGCAGGUGCGGGUGUGGGAUCUGGAUGAGCUGGGCAUGAAGUUUGAGAGGCAUUGUGAGGCUGAGAAUGUGGAUUUUGAGAUUCUCUCGGACGACUGGACGAAGCUUCUGCUGCUGCAGAACGACCGCACCGUCGAGCUGCACGCACAGGGCGGCCUGCACCACCGUACGCGCAUCCCGCGCUUCGGCCGCGCCGUCGCAUACCACGCGUCCUCCGCCGACGCGCUCUUCGCCACCUCGGGCUCCGAAAUAUACAGGCUCAACCUCGCACAGGGCCGCUUCCUCGCGCCCUUCUCCCUCUCCCCCUCCCCCUCCUCCUCCCCGCCCAACUCAAACUCCGCACCAAACGCACCACCAAACGACGACGACGACCUCGAAGGCGUCGACGCGCUCUCCGUGAACCCCGCACACGGGCUCAUCGCCGCCGGCGCACGCACGCUCUCGGGCGCCCCCGUCGUAUCCUUCGUCGACCCGCGCGCGCGCGCGCCCGUCGGCCGCCUGGCGAUCGCGUCGGGCGCGGCGGCGACGCGCGACGCGUGGGACGGGGUGACGGCGCUCGCGGCGCGGCAUGAUGGGUUGUCGUAUGCGCUUGGGACGGGCAGCGGGCAUGUGCUGGUGUAUGAUGUGCGUAUGGCGCGUGCGCAGGCGAGGAAGGACCAGGGGUACGGGUUGCCGAUAAGGCGGGUGGAGUGGAUCGAUAAGCAGGGGCCGGGGGCGGACGGGGAGGCGCUGGUGAUGAGUGCGGAUAGGAAGGUCGUGAAGGUGUGGGAGCGGGGGAAUCUGCUGAUUGCCUUUGCUUUCCUCGUGAUGCGUUGUUUGUCUGGUUCUGCAUUUACAUCUACAUCCGCAUCCGCAUACAUGCAGCCGGCCAAGAACCUCUUCUCGAUCACGCCAGGCACGGACCUGAACGACAUCACGCACGUGCGCGGCUCUGGCCUGCUGCUGACCGCACACGAGGGGCCAGGCAUGGGCGCGUUCUACGUGCCCGCGCUGGGCCCUGCGCCACGGUGGGCACGGUUCCUGGAGAACAUCACGGAGGAGAUGGAGGGCGCGGGCGCGCGGAGCGUGUACGAGGACUACAAGUUUGUCGAGCGGAGCGAGCUCAAGACUCUGGGCCUGGAGCACCUCGUCGGCACACCGGCGCUGAAGCCGUACAUGCACGGCUACUUCCUCGCGCUCGAGCUGUACGACACCGCGCGGCUGAUCGCGAACCCGUUCGUGUACGCGGAGCACCGCGAGAAGCUCGUGCGCCAGCGCAUGGACAAGCUCGCGGAGAGCCGCAUCCGCGCGCCCAAGGCCGGCUCUGCCGCCGCCGCCGCCGCGGGUGUGAAGGUGAACAAGGCGCUUGCGGAGAAGAUUACGAGGGAUGCGGAGAGGGAGCAGAAAAAGCGGGAGAAGGAAAGGGAAAGGGCGAGGAGGAGACGCGAGAGGGAGGAGGGGGAGAAGGAGAAGAUGAAUGUGGAUGGGGAAGAGAAAGAGGACCAGAGCGGGUCCGAAGACGAAGAGGGUGGCGAGCCCGACGAGGAAGAGGAGGAAGAGGAGGAAGAAGAAGAAAAGGAGGGAGAGGAGACGCGCCCGACGCUGCUCAGCGACCCGCGGUUCAAGGCGCUGUUCGAGAAUCCCGCGUUCACGGUCGACGAGGAGAGCCGCGAGUACGCGCUCUUGAACCCAUCGCAGGCUGCGCAACGGCGUUCUGGCGCUGGCGCUGCUACGAAUGUGGACAGCAGAGGCGCCAAAGGGCGGACGCGCACGGCCGUGGAGAGCGAGGAAAGCGAGGUGGAAGGCCUGGGCGAUCUUACGGAGAGCAGCAACAGCGACGAAGAAAAGGCGAGCGAUGGAGACGCGAGCGACGAUAGUAGCGAUGCUGGCGACCUCAUGUCUUUCAACCCGCGCGCGCGAGCCCCAGUCGAUCGCUCAUCAAACCAACAAACCGGAAUCCAAAACCAGGGCAGCGCGUUCGCGCCGUACGCCCGCUCAGGACAAUCAAAAGCAAGGGCAGGACCUGCACAGCGCACACCGCGCGUCGACAUGGUCCCGCUCGUCGCGUCCACCGAGGCCAACGGGCGUGGUGGACGCGGCGGGGACCGCACGGACACCUUUGGUGCGCGGCGGACAGGUAAAAGCUAUGCGCAGCAAAACGGUAAAGGCAAAGGCCGUGCCCGUCCCGACGCAGAUGGGUGGGGAGGCGGGGGCAGAGAGAUGGAGACGUCGUGGGUGCCGUCUGCGUCUGGUGCAGACGGCGAUGGGCUCUAUGACGAUGGACCUGGAGGCAAGAACAAGGGCGGUAGGAAGCCGGGUGCGCGCAAGGGCGUGGAGUUCAUGGGCGCAUCGAUGGAGCGUGGUGGCGGGGAGGACGAGGACGGGGAUAAGGGCCGUGGUGGGAGGACGCAGCGGAGGAAGGGGAUGCGGAGUGGGAGUCGGAAUGUGUUUAGGAAACUUGGGUAG